AUGCAUGUGCCAUGGGCUGAUGUAAUGGAUUCAUCAAACGAUGCGCACGCCCGGCUCAAGCCCAAUGUGCGUGCGCGUUUUGAUGAUAUCAUGCAACAAUCCGGUACGACCCUUGUGGCGUCUCCGUUGGAGGCCCAAGAAAUUGAGACAUGUGCUGGAAUGGCAAAGCGUCGCAACAUCCUUUUAACUAUCACCGGCGGUGUGGAAGCUAUUGAGUAUGCGCGUGUCCAGGUGCUCGUUUUUCUGGACGAACUCAAUGAAAUCUACAUUGACAGCAUCGAAAUUGAUCGCAAGCUUCUGCAUGUGGGAGCUGGACGCAAACGUGCUGCCAUUCAAGCGAUUGAGCGCGAGUCGGGAGCGUGGAUUUACCUGCCGAUGCCAUUUGCGGGUGUGCUACAGAGCAAAGUGCCACCCACCGUAUCACAGCGUCGCAAUACCGUGUUUAUUGCUGGAGCUUCCGGGGCUGUUGAGCGUGCCAAGGAUGCUCUCAAUGCACUUGCAAGCAAGGGGCGCAAUCUUGUGAUGCGCCAAGUCUCUCUGAUGCCGCGUAAAAUCGACUGGCUGCUUCAAGAGCGACUCGAGGCACUCCGUGAACUAAUGCUUGACAACAGCACGUACUUGGAGUUCCCGCCUAUGGGUAGUCAGCAGAGCCAGGUAUCCGUGUAUGGUGCAUCUCGUGUGGACGUGGAGCGCAGCAUCCGAAUUCUGAUGCAGCUUGUAUCUCCCUACUAUGUGGCAACUUUGUGGUUGCUUCCUGGUCUAUAUGACAGCGUGGGUCUAUCCAAAGCUGACUCACGCAACAUUGCCUCACUGCUCUCGUCAGCCAGUGCAGCCUCUGGUGCGGAGAUGUCGUUCCAGGGUCAAUGCUUUGAAAUGUGUGGUACCGACACCGAGGUACGCGCUGCUUUGCGUCACCUUAUGCGCCAAACUGUUCUUAAGCACUAUAUGGGUGACGUGCGCUUCCAACUUGAGCUUGCCACAGACCAUCGCGAGUUUAUUAGCGGCAAGAAAAAUGGAAAAAUUAACAAGAUCAUGGAGGGCUGCGGUGUUCGUAUCCGCUUUGAGCCAUUCAACGACUACAAUUUCUUGAUCGAUGUGCUUGGUCGCGAGCCUGAAGCAGCACUGCAGGGUCUUAGUCAAUUGCAAGAAGAACUGCCAGCCGAAAUGUCGUUCCAUGUGCCUGAAGCUUACCACAAGCGGAUUAUUGGUGUGGGUGGCAAGAAUAUCCAACGUAUCAUGAAAAAGUUUGGCGUUUAUGUCAAAUUUUCGAAUGCUGAGGAGUUCGCUGCACUGGGAGGGUACAUUGACAAUGACGACAAUGUAAUUGCCCGUACUCCGUCUAAGAAUGCCCCUAACCUAGAGAAUCUCAAGAACUCUGUCAUGGAGCUUGUCAGUCCGAAGGACAAGGAUUUCGUUACGGAGACUCUCUCGGUACCGCGCAAGUUCCAUCGUGUCCUUUUGAGUGAGAAUGUCAUUGCCGAAGUUGAACAUCGCACGCGCUGCUCCAUCCGAUUUGCGCGCAAGGAGUCGGGCCAGGAUACGGUUCUUAUCUUUGGCCCUGAGUCACAAGUUGCUGUGGCUGCUCAACUUCUCCUACAGCACGUUCCCUUGGACGUGGAAAUGACAGUGUCUCACUCGUUUGAACUGGGGGCCAUGCUCGAGUCGCCUGACUAUGUCGCUUUGGUGGAGCGCAUGCAGAAGGAGCUGGGCAUCACCCUGGAAGCAAAGCCGCGUCACAAGAAUACGACGGGCGAAUGUGUAUUCCAGCUAUCGUUGAGUCAAUCAAACGCGAACCUGCUUCCUGUCGCGAAGGACAUGCUGGAAGAAUUGUGCACAAAGCACAAUGUAUUGCUGCAUGCUCCUGUGACACCUGCCAGUGAACCUAGCGGACAAGCCACCACCCCCUUCUACGAAGGAUCUCAAGGCACUCUUUGA